AUGGAGAAUAUAACUGAGAUAGAAGGAGACAUAUUCCUGGCUCCCGAAGGGGCUGCUCUUAUCCAUGCAUGUAAUUGCCAAGGGUCCUGGGGGAAAGGUAUCGCGCUCGAGUUUAAGAUCAGAUAUCCAGCUGCAUACAAGAUCUACCGUUCAUAUUGCUUAGAUCUUCUUGCGAAUCCUCAGACGAGUCUAUAUCCAGCUAGUGAUACCCAGGCUGGAAAUAAUAGUGUUAGAAACGAUACACAGCACCGAGUAACUAAACUUCCCGAAGGGACGGCUUUAGUUAUACCACCUCAACCAGGCGACUAUGACCCACAAGGCUCCCAUAUAGGCUCUGCUACUGCUAGCCAAACUAGGGGUAGAGGACGUGGCCGUGGUCGAGGUAGGGGCAGGGGUAGAGGGAACAAAAGAACACACAUUUCAACUUCUCAAGCAGCAGGCAAGCGACAUUGGAUAAUAUGCCUUUUUACAGCUUGGCACUAUGCGGCUGGUAAGCGUAACCCUUCCAGUGAAAUCAUUGAAAACACAACGACGGCUUUAGCAGACUUAAAACGUCAGAUUGAUGAAGGAAUGGCGGAUGAGGAUAAUGAGCUUCUGAAAAAUACUGAGCUAUGGUCCUGUCGUAUCAAUGCCGGGCUAUUUGGGGUUGAUUGGGAGCAAUCCAAGCACAUUAUGGCGGAGUCUACAUUACAUAUCAAGGUUGUGACUCCACCAUCGGAGUAG